AACCGUUGAUUUCUUCCUGAUGAGGAAGAUAAGAUAAUAAAACCCCUGCUAUUCCCCUACUGCAUAAUUUUUUUUCUAUCAGUCUUUAUUUAUGGCUUGGAGACGAUACAAUUCUCUCGACAUCUCGAUCGGCCGGUGGAAAAUCACUGAGAAAAUAUUUAAAAAAACCAAAACUCGAACCGAAUUUCAGGGAAUUUCAUCGAAAAGAUGUCGACGUCCAUCGUCGUCGUGGGGUCUUGCAUGAUCGACUUCACCAGUUAUUCACCUAGAUUACCUAGACCUGGUGAAACUCUCAUAGGAACAGAAUUCAAGAGAACAGUCGGGGGCAAAGGGGCGAAUCAAUGCGUUUCUGCUGCUAAACUUGGAGGAGAAACAGCUCUUGUUGCAUCGUUGGGGUCUGACAUUUUUGGGGAGGAGUACCUUGACCUUCUCAAGUCCCACGACAUAAACACAAAUCACGUAAAAUUGCGGGAGAACGUGUCAAGUGGAAUAGCUCACAUAACAGUAGCUGAAAAUGGGGAGAACAGUAUAGUGAUAAUUUUGGGAGCAAACGCUUUGUUGAGUCCCAGAGAUAUAGACGAGGCCCAGGAAACAAUAAAAAAGGCCUCUGUAUUGCUUGCACAAUUCGAAACUGGUCUGCAUGCCACUCUGCAUGCAUUAAAACUGUAUAAAGGCUGUGGUAUUUCAAUUGUCAAUGGCGCACCUGCAUUUGCUAAUCCCAAUCCCGAGAUUCUGCAGAACUGCGAUAUUUUUUGCGUUAACGAGACUGAGGCAGAGCUCAUGACUGGAAUUGAACGAUUGACUCUGGAAAAUGCUCAAAGUGCCUUGAAUAUUCUUUUUAAAAAAGGUUGUAAUACUGUUAUAAUAACAUUAGGAGCUUCUGGUGCUGUUUUUGCAACGAAAAUUUCUCAGGGAUUGACCCAUGUGCCUGUGGAAGUCGUCACUCCUGUCGAUACGACGGGAGCUGGGGAUGCAUUUAUUGGUGCUCUGGGUUUUUUCCUGGCGUACUAUCCGCAGUUGACCUUGGAGGAGCAGAUCAGGAGAGCCAAUCAAGUAGCCCGACAAAGUGUACUUAAACCAGGAACACAAUCUAGUUUUCCCACUCGUAAACAAUUGCCUGAAGAGUUAUUUCUCUAAGUGAAACAAAAGUUGUACUUAUUCCUUUUUUAUUUAAUCCCAUUAUUUCACGGAGUAAUAUCGAGUGAUAAGAACUA